AUGACCCAAUAUAGAGAUCCAGCUACUGCCUUACAAUACGUUAACUCUUUCGAAGAAAAGGAUGGUUUAUCUGCAGACCAAUUGAUGGACUCUAAGAUUAGAGGUGGUUUGACUUACAAUGAUUUUUUGAUUUUGCCUGGUAAAAUUGAAUUUCCAGCCUCUGUUGUUCAAUUGAAAUCUAGAUUAACCAAAAAGAUCACUUUGAAUACUCCAUUUGUUUCCUCUCCUAUGGAUACAGUUACUGAAUCUGAAAUGGCCAUUUAUAUGGCUUUGUUGGGUGGUAUCGGUAUCAUUCAACACAAUUGUUCCCCUGAUGAACAAGCUGAUAUGGUUAGAAAAGUUAAAAAAUAUGAAAAUGGAUUUAUUAACGACCCAGUCGUUUUAGGACCAGAUGCCACGGUUCACGAGGCCAAAGUAUUAAAACAGAAAUUAGGUUUUGCUGGUUAUCCAAUUACAGAAAAUGGUAAAGUUCCAGGUAAAUUACUCGGUAUUGUCACUUCACGUGAUUUACAAUUUGUUGAGGAUGAUUCCGCCUUAGUUGGAUCCGUUAUGACCACUAAUUUGAUCACUGCUAAGAAGGGUGUUACCUUGAUCGAAGGUAAUGAAAUAUUAAAGAAAACCAAAAAAGGUAAGUUGCCAAUUAUUGAUGAUAAUGGCAAUUUUGUUUCUAUGUUGAGUAGAACUGAUUUAAUGAAGAACGAAAACUAUCCAUUGGCUUCCAAACACCCAGUUACCAAACAAUUAUUGUGUGGUGCUGCAAUUGGUACCAUUGAAGCUGAUAAAGAAAGAUUGACUAAAUUAGUUGAAGCCGGUUUGGAUGUUGUUGUUGUGGAUUCUUCUCAAGGUAACAGUGUAUUUCAGCUCAACAUGAUUAAAUGGAUUAAAGAGACAUUUCCAGAAUUACAAAUUAUUGCUGGUAAUGUUGUCACCAAAGAACAGGCUGCCUCUUUGAUUCAGGCCGGUGCUGAUGGUUUAAGAAUUGGUAUGGGUUCUGGUUCCAUUUGUAUCACUCAAGAAGUCAUGGCUUGUGGUAGACCACAAGGUACUGCUGUUUACAAUGUAUCCAAAUUUGCUAAUGAGUUCGGCAUUCCAACCAUGGCUGAUGGUGGUAUUCAAAACAUUGGUCAUAUAAUGAAGGCCCUUGCAUUGGGUUCUUCUACUAUUAUGAUGGGUGGUAUGUUGGCUGGUACUACCGAAGCUCCUGGUGAAUAUUUCUUUAGGGAUGGUAAGCGUUUAAAGACUUAUCGUGGUAUGGGUUCUAUUGACGCUAUGCAAAAGACUGAUGUUAAGGGUAAUGCCGCUACUUCUCGUUAUUUUUCUGAAUCAGACAAAGUCUUGGUUGCACAAGGUGUCUCCGGUGCCGUUGUUGAUAAGGGUUCCGUUAAUAAAUUUAUUCCAUACUUGUAUAAUGGUUUACAACACUCUUGUCAAGAUAUUGGUGUUAAAUCUUUGGAAACUUUGAGAGAAGAAGUUGUCAAGAAAAAUGUUAGGUUUGAAUUCAGAACUGCUUCUGCACAAAUGGAAGGUGGUAUUAACAACUUGCACUCUUUUGAAAAACGUUUGUACGAUUAA